AUGUCGCUCCCAUUCGACUCCAACAGCAUCUACACCAUCACCCUUGCUGCACCAGCAACACACAUCGAUCCGGUGGUAUUGGACACACCAGGACACAUCAACGAGCCGUCGCUACGCGCAAUAUGCGGCAUUGACCACCUUUCUCAAGCCACCGAUAGAAUGGUCACCUUGACCUUGAACGAGUUGCUGGGCCUAGUCUGGUUUGGUUAGGAGGUGGUACGGGCUCGCACACCUGCUCUCACUACACAGGAGAGAGUGAGUGUAAACCGGCAAAUUCGAAUUAUUCGAGACAAGAUUACCACAGGCGGGGCAGUCGGGAACAAGUAUUACCAGCUGGUGAACAAGGCAGGCGUGGAAUGGCUCAGGUUGCUGCUCGUGUGAGAGGGCUUUCCGACCUGGUUGAGACUGGGAGGCGGCGGUCGUGUGCGACUUUUUCGUUGUCUGAGUUUGGGUAGAUGGACCUCGGGGUCAUGGCUUGAACAAUUACUGCGUUUGGCGGACCUGCAGUGUGACUGGACUCGGUCGGUAGAUAACUGUAAUGUGUCAAUGUGAACGUGUUUGAAGCUGCCAAACAGCUGCCUAAGACGUGGUGCUUGAUCGUUGUGGU